GUUGUUAAUUAAUAAUGUUAAUGCGCUCAAAGUGGAUAUGUUCCAUAUGUUACUCGCGGAAGUUCCAGAGGGAUUCGCGAUCUACAUUGAAUAACUCUGUGGUGAUUAUUUGACAGUUGAUAAGAAAGCGACAGUUCAAUGACGUUUGGUGACAGUGGUGGUAGUUUAGAGUAUAGGUCAAAGAUGAAUCAGUGAACUCUAUUUUAUAUAUUUUUACACUAAAUAAAUUUCUUUCAAUGUAUAUAGUCAUAUAGGUCAUAGUGAAACCCACAACAAAGAAAUAUGGUCUUCCUAAAAUAUACCCCUUUGCAAAGCCAAUCAAGAGCAAUUUUGAAACUUGUUGACAAAAAUUUAGUCAGUAAAGACUAUGUGGAAUAUCAGUUCAUACAACAAAGUCAAAUUCCAACCUCACAUUUUCAACCCGGAUUGCCCAGAUUACCAAUUCCUGAGUUAAAAUUGACGUGCGAGCGAUAUUUAGCCGCACAGAGACCGUUAUUAAUCGAUGAAUCGUACACGAAAACUGAGACGAACGUAAACCGAUUUAGAGAUGGGGUUGGAAAGCAGUUACAACGAAUUCUUAAAGACUACGAUGGGAAAAAUAAACACACAAGCUACAUCAGUGAAUUAUGGUUUGAUAAGUAUUUGAGAUCAAGGACUCCACUACCGCUUAACUGUAACCCAAUAUUGGUUUUUAAUAACGACGAUAAACCAGAGUAUAAUGACCAACUGAUUAGGACAACGAACUUAAUUGUUAGUUCUUUAAGAUUUUAUAGAACGUUAAAAUCGGAGUUGCUUCAACCCGACAUUUACCAUUUGCAACCAGCGAAAAGCGACAACGAACGUUUCAACUACAUUGCAAGCAAACUACCACCGAAAUUAGCAUAUAUUUAUGCUUAUUUUAACAAAGCAUUUCCUCUAGAUAUGAGCCAAUAUCCAAACUUGUUCCAGACCACUCGUAUUCCCGAAAUCGACAAAGACAGACUUGUCGAUAAUCCAGAAUCUAAGCAUAUUACCGUUCAGUACAAAGGUCAUUUCUACGCUUUUAAAGUAUUAACAGUUAGCAAUGACAUCAUUCCUGCCAGUCAAAUUUUAGACAAUUUGAAAUUUAUUUUGAAUGAUACAAUAGAACCAAGUAAACAUCCGGUAGGGAUUCUUACAACCCUUGAACGCAACAAAUGGGCCACAAUUCGACACGAGUUAGCAGAAAAUGGAAACGAAACUCAAUUAAAAACAAUUGAUUCAGCUUUGUUCCAUAUUUCUCUUGACGACGAUAUGCCCGGAAAUGAUCCAUGUAAAAUCACAACGCAAUUUCUCCAUGGGGACGGAACCAACAGGUGGUUUGACAAAUCGUUUUCCCUAAUAGUGGCCAAAGAUGGCGUUACUGCUGUCAAUUUCGAACACGCGUGGGGAGAUGGCGUUGCAGUCUUACGUUACACAGAAGAAGUUUUCAAGGAUUCGAAAAACAAACCAAGGAUUCAUCCGGAUACGAAAACGACAGAAGAAAGUUCUUUGUCUGUGAAUCGUUUAGAUAUUCAUUUAAACGAUCAUUUAAAAAGUUGUAUUGAUCAAGCCAAGGUCGAAUAUAAAGCUAUUUGUGAUAAUUUAGAUGUGAAUUAUACGAUUUUCGAAGGCAUUGGGAAAGAUACGUGCAAGAAAAAUAAAGUUAGUCCUGAUGCUGUAAUGCAGUUGGGAUUUCAGGUUGGAUACCAUAAACUGACAGGCAAUUUCGUAUCUACGUACGAAUCCUGCAGUACCGCUGCCUUUAAACAUGGUAGAACCGAGGCAAUUCGUCCAUGUACUACCGCUACAAAGGCCUUCACUCUAGCCCUCAAUUCACAAAAUAAGCCUUCAGUGCCUGAGUUAAAAUCAAUGAUCCAAAAGUGUUCCUCAAUCCACAAUCGUCUGAUUAAAGAAGCGGCGAUGGGACAAGGUUUUGAUCGCCAUCUUUUCGCCCUUAAAGCAAUGGGGGAAAAGAAUGGAAUCAAAAACAACAUUUUUGACGAUCCUGAGUAUGCGCACAUUGGCUACGACGUCAUGUCCACGAGUACCUUAAACUCUCCGGCUAUAUUUUCGGGGGGUUUCGGGCCGGUGGUACCAGAUGGAUUCGGCAUGGGGUAUGCGAUUAAGGACGAGUUUCUGGGAGCUCUAGUUACGAAUUACAAGGACCGUACUAAUGGACCAGACUUUAUUGGUGCUUUGAAGAAGUCUUUCGAGGAGAUUUUCGCUAUUUUACAAGCCAACUAAAUUUGAUAAGCAAUUGUAUUCAUUUUGUUAUUUGGUUUGGUGGUUUUUAUUCAGUUAUGGUUUAGAUCGUUUAAAUUUCAAAAGUGAUGACGUGACAGAGGUAUAGUUUUGUACUAUUUUAUAAAUCAAUAAAAUAUUUAGGUACUUGUA